CUACCAGGCGCGUUUCCAAGUAGUUCCCAGUUCUCGCAUUUUUACUUUAUUUCGCGCCAACUUCAAAUAUGGCGGACAAGAAUGCUCGACGUAACAUCGGUGUUGGAAUUGGUGUUUUUGUAAGUUCUCCUGAGCAUCCAAACUGUGUCAUACUAGGAAAGAGAAAGGGAUCUUCUGGAAGUGGGCAGUACGCGCUCCCAGGGGGGCAUUUGGAAUUUGGUGAAGAGUGGUCUGAAUGUGCAAUAAGAGAAACUUUGGAGGAAACUGGACUUAAGAUCAAGAAUGUUUCUUUUGCGACCACUGUCAAUGCAGUUGUGCCCAAAGAAGAUUACCAUUAUAUAACUAUAUUCAUGAAAGGUGAGAUUGAUGUCAGCCACAUAAGAGAGCCAGAAAACUUGGAACCGGACAAAUGUGACGGUUGGGAUUGGUAUGACUGGUAUGACUCUGAGAAAUUUCCAACUCCACUCUUUGAACCUCUUAGAAUUACAAGAAUACAGGGUUACCAACCAUUUGACAGCAAUGCACAUGGACAUUGCAACUCUACAUUGUUUAGUAUUUGUCCUAACUAGCACCAGAAAAUCCAUGGAUAAC